CAAAAUUGUUUACUUUGACUUACACGAUCUUACCAAUUAUCCGUCUGAGCUACAAACCCCCCUUCCCCCCCACCUGAUAACCUUAGUUACUUGAGCAAUAAUACCAAUCCUAAUACAAAAAAAAACACUUCCACAUAAGUAAGUUCGUAUUAACAACUUGCUCAUUCCCUGCGUCACCAAAGAGAAAAAAAGAGAAAGAAAGAAAAAAUCGUACGGUAUAUCGUCAUUUGUUAUUGUCGCACUUUAAUGCUGCGGUGCCAUUGGCCUGGCUUCGGCUUCGCAGUAGUUCGCUGGUUGCCCGUCGCUAAAACCUUCUGAGCAAAGCGGCUGCAGGGAUCCGUGCAGGAUAAGCCUCUUUUCGACUAGCGCUGCCUUAUCGACGAAGGCGGUAAGAACUUUUUGGGUGGGGUGUUGCUGCGGCGGAAUUUUUUUACUCGAGGAAAAAGGAAGAAGAAAAAAAAAAAAAAUUUUGGAGAAAGUAAAGAAUAGACAAGCUAAGCUAGCUCUCAACUUUUUUUUUUUUUUUCACCUUCCUCUUCAACGAGUCUCGAGUCGCGUCCAAAGUUCUUCUCUUUUCUUUUUCCCUUUUUUUUAAUUCUUUUCCAUAAACAUCAUUGCAAUUUACAAGUAACCCCAUUCUACAAACCAUAGCACUUUAUCAUUGUGCUUCCAAUUACUUUUAAUCUAACUCCAACUUAUCAUCCACAAUGCCUGUGCUGCCUGUCGCCCUCUACGGGCUCGAGGUCCCCGCGCAAGGUGUCAUGGUUCCCGCCAUGCAAGAAGAGGCUUUCCAUGGCGCUUCUUAUCGCAUCACUAUGGCUGCUCUCGAUCCCACCGAAGCGCCUGAACCUGAUGCUGAGGGCAACAUCCCCUCCGUCCCUCGUUCUACUCUCAAGCUCAUCCGCAAGCGACCCUCUCUCGAUGACGAGCUUGAUGACGAAUAUCUAGACCGGCUCAUGGGUGGCGGUGAUUCGGAUGAAGAUGACGAAGAGGAUUCUGAUGAUGAGACCAAUGGCGGUCCUAGCGACCCCGCUAAGUCCAAGAAAGCUCGACGUGCCGCUGCUCUGCAAAAGCUUAUCGAAGCCGCUCAGGAAGAGGAAGAUUCCGACGAGGAGAUGGAGGACGAUGAGUCUAAGACCAAGGCCAAGGCCAAUGGUGUCGCUAAGGCCAGUAAGAAAGGCAAGGGGCCCGCUACCUCCAGCGACGAUGAGGACGACGAUGAGAGCAUCGAUUCUUCUACCCUAGAUCUCGAGGAGCUUGUUGUCUGUACCCUCGAUACUGAACGUAACUACCAACAGCCCCUUGACAUUACCAUUGGUGCCGACGAGGAGGUAUUCUUCGUCGUCAAGGGUACUCACACCAUUCACUUGACUGGAAAUUACAUUGUCGACCCCGACGAUGUCUCUUCUGACGAGGAAGACGAGGAUGAAGACGACUACGACAUGGAGGGUAUUGAGGAAUAUGACUCUGACUCCGAGGCGGACGAGCUUGACGACCUCCAGGACCCCCGUGUCGUAGAGAUAGACACCGAUGAGGAGGAGGCCCCUAAGCUAAUCGCUGCCGAGACCAAGAAGGGCAAGAACAAGCGUCCUGCUGAGGAGGCGGAGACCCUCGAUGACUUGAUGUCCAAGGCUGAGGAGACCAAGCUGAGCAAGAAGCAACAGAAGAAGCUCAAGAACAACAAGGGAGAGCCCGUCGUAAAGGAGGAUGCCAAGGCUGAGCCCGCUAAGGAAGCUUCCACCAAGGGUGAUAAGAAGGUUCAGUUCGCCAAGAACCUCGAACAAGGUCCCACCGGUCCGGCCGCCACCGAGAAGGGCGCUACUCCUGGUGUCAAGGUUGUCCAAGGCGUUACCGUCGACGACCGCAAGAUUGGAACCGGCCGCGUCGCAAAGAAGGGUAACAAGGUCGAAGUUCGAUACAUCGGCAAGCUUCUGGACGGCAAGGUUUUCGAUGCCAACAAGAAGGGAAAGCCUUUUAGCUUCUCGGUAGGAAAGGGAGAAGUUAUCAAGGGUUGGGACAUUGGUAUCCAGGGCAUGGCGAUUGGUGGCGAACGCCGACUCACCAUCCCCGCUCACCUCGCAUACGGAAGCAAAGCUCAACCCGGCAUUCCUGCCAACAGCACACUAGUGUUCGACGUCAAGCUGAUGAACAUAAAAUAAAAUAAGCGCGAGCUAGGAACCCGCGUGUAGCAUUUCCUUGCCAUUUCCUUACCUGCAGAUACCACUACGGUUGUACUCCUAUGUUUGGUUUUUUAUUUCCUCGGCGAUUCUUUUUCGGAUCCAGUUUUACGGUCACGAUCCGUUGACGAGUCUCAUAAUGUUGCGCUGUUGGGGUCUCCGACCUGCGCGAAUCUGCGAGGAUCUGGCGUCUCGUCGGGCGCAGGAAGCAGAUGUUGUCACAAGGGAUGACGAGGUCUGCGUUGCAUUACAGGCGUACAAUUUUCGAGGGAGGUUGGGUAUCCUCUCCGUGCAGAUGCUUUGGCUGGUUUUCUAUUGAUAGUUCUGAUACUCUCAGAUAGACUGGCUAUACUAAAUUAGUCAUUUUCGGUUAUAA